AUCUCGGGGCCUGCCGGUUUGGGAGACGCCGGUCGGCCACCCCCCACCCCUGCCCCCGCCCCAGGCCGCACGGCCUGCACGCUCCUCCCGCGGGCGGGGAGCUGGGGCCAAGUGGGCGCGCCCGGCCCGGGGCGGGCGGGAUCUGGUGUCGGCGGCAGCUGCCAGUGCGGCGGGCGCGGGCGCGGAGCAAGCGGCCCGCGGGGCGGGCUAUUAAUAACGCGGCCGCCCAGCUCGGGGUCGCGCAGCCAUGGCAAGCCCGGAGCCCCGGCACGGCGGGGACGGCGCAGCCCAGGCCGCGAGGGAAACAAGAGUAGAAGCCACUUCUCCUCUUGAAGGGGAGAGCUUGGAAUCCCCCCAUGAGGCCAGGACUCUGGACCCAGAAGUGACUCUGUCUUUGAAGGGGACCUUGAACUUAGAGGACAUUCUCUACCUGGGGGACACAGGUGACCUUGAUGAGCUAGACGAGAUACUGUGUGUGGAAGAGACGGAGCAGCCUGAGGAGACCCUGUACAUUGAGGAGACCAGGCAGCCAGGUGAGGCCCUGCACGAGGACGAGCCUGUGAAGCCAGAGGAGAUCCUCCAUGUGGAAGAGCCCGCGAAGCCGGAAAAGAGCGCAAGCCCAGAGCAGACCGGUGAUGGGGGAGAGACCGUCACGAGCGAGGAGAAACCCUGCCCUGAGGAGGGCCUCAGCGCCGGGCUGAGUCCCAGCACUGAGAGCCUGAGCAUAGAGGACCUGGAACUGCUGGAGCAGCGUUUCCAGCAGUGCGUGCAAGCCGUGGCCCAGCUGGAAGAGGAGCGGGACCAGCUCAUCCACGAGCUGGUGCUGCUCCGGGAACCGGCCCUGCAGGAGGUGCAGCGGGUCCAUGAGGACAUCCAGGCGGCCUACAAGCGGCACGCCCAAGCCGAGCUGGAGAGGGACGGGCUGAGGGAGGAGAUCCGGCUGGUCAAGCAGAGGCUCUUCAAGGUGACCAAGGAGUGUGUGGCCUACCAGUACCAGCUGGAGUGCCGCCGGCAGGACGUGGCCCAGUUCGCCGAGCUGCGGGAGGCGCUGACCGCCCGGGCGGCCCAGCUCUCCGAGGAACUGGCCGGGCUCCGCGAGGGCUACCAGAAGCAGAAGGAGCAGUUACGGCAACAGCUGGAAGCGCCGCCAAGCCAGAGCGACGGGCACUUUCUGCAGGAGAGCCGGCGGCUCUCUGCCCAGUUUGAGAACCUCAUGGCCGAGAGCCGCCAGGGCCUGGAGGAGGAGUACGAGCCUCAGCUGCUGCGCCUCCUGGAGAGGAAGGAGGCGGCGGCCAAAGCCCUCCAGAAGACCCAGGAGGAGAUCCAGGAGAUGAAGGAGGCCCUGAGACCCCUGCAGGCAGAGGCCCGGCAGCUGCAGCUGCAGAACAGGAACCUGGAGGACCAGAUCACGCUCGUGAGGCAGAAGCGGGACGAGGAGGUGCAGCAAUACCGGGAACAGCUGGAGGAAAUGGAAGAGCGACAGAGGCAGUUGAGGAGCGGCCUGCAACUCCAGCAGCAGAAGAACAAAGAGCUGGAGCAGCUGCGGAUCAGCCUCGCCGGGGAGCUCUCCACCUAUAAGGCUAUGCUACCCAAGAGCCUGGGACAGGCUAACGCUCCCACUUCUCAGGCAGGUGGAAUGGAGACUCAGUCCCAAGGGGCUGUUUAGAAAUGUAUGGCCGAAUCUGUAACCCAGAAACAACCGCAAAAAACUUUUUAGCAAAGGAUAACUAAGUACCCUUUGGACAUACUUUUUUCCAGAGAAGGGAGUGCCAAGGACUUGGCAAGCAGUUCACCCUGGGAAAGUUACAAAUACUGGCUGACCUGUUUAAAGAGUUGAAGGCUGGCUGGAGGCAGAAUGCCAUCAGUCAGGAUUUAAGUGGAGUCUAGUUCAUAGGCUGCUGGUACCAAUCUCUGUGCGUGCAGGAAUGGAAAAAUGAGUCUUCUGUCCUCUGGCAGCAACUCCCACGUGCACAGAGUAAAGGAUGGAUGUACGGACAGACACACUUUAGUGUUGUGAAGAAUGUAUCUUGCCUUGUGUUGACCCAAAACAAAAGCCUUUUUUUGGAGGUAGGGUCAAAAAAGGCAGCCGACUUUCAUGAUAUGGGUUUAUAAUUUGAAUUCCUUUGUGCUAUGAGUGUUAGACUUUAAAUGAAUUCUUCUACAAAGUUUAAGUCUGUGUGGACUCAUACAGUUUACUCCUGUGUCAAGAUAAUUUUCACUACACUCUAAAAGAACUAUUGACUUGGAAAAAAGAAACCAAUCUAGAUUUGAACGGAAAGGUUUAAGGGUACUGAGAUUUUCCCAAAGACUGUGCUCAUGAAAAUGAUUUUCAGUCAGUGAUGUAUUCUUUUAAACUGAGUGACUGGCAAAGAGCCAGGCAUUUUAUCUGGUUAUGGCACUUGGUGAUAAAGGCUUUCAAGAGUCUAUUAUUUCUAACUUCUAAAUACAGGCCCCAGUGAAAAACAUACUGGGGAGAUUCAACCUCUCUAUGGGAAAAGGUUCAAUCAAACACCUUUUCCAAAUUUAAAGUCUGCCUUAAAUGCUCUCUGCCACAUUGCCUUUGACAGUCUUAGAAGUCCAUGUAGUUCUCUAGGGACAGACUUCAAAAAGAUGUUAUGUUGUCAAAGACUAAUCCAUGUACCUCUGGCUCAGUGUUUUAUGCCUUGCACUUUCCCUGGGAAGGAGUGAAGCUCUUCUAUCGCUCUGGGUUUAUUAUAUUUAAUUCUGCUUUUGAUAGUCAAAGACCAUAUACAGUAAAACAGUCCUCUGAACAACUCUUCGAGAAGCCAGACUGGUGUUUGAUGAAUGUUAUAUACCAAAAAAAAAAAAAAAAAACAAAAAACCCAUCGGCAUGGGGUUACGUAGAAAAGCAAUUUAUUCCAUUAUAAGCACUUACACAGUUAGUCAUGAAGAGUAACAGGCCUGCUGGUGAAACAGGUCACCCAAAAUAGAGAUGGUACCAAACUAGUGGUCAAGGACUAACUCCUAAAAAAAAAAAAAAAAAAAAAAAAAAAAAAAAGCAACUCUUAUCCAGGAUUAAUUUAAUUUUAAAAA